CUAACAAGAAAUUGCUUCAGGCGGUCUCGUACGGACAUUCUCAAUCGAGGUAUUGUGCGCUUUGCACGAGGAGUGUGGACGUUUGAAGUGCGGAAGACAGGGCCAAAUGGGCAACAAGGUGGUAACCUUCACAGAGAAACAGUUGGACGACUACCAGGACUGCACAUUUUUUACACGAAAGGAGAUUUUACGCGUUCACAAAAAGUACCGAGAGUUGCGGCCGGAUCUGGUUCCUCGCCAAAUGACAGAGGGAGAGGCAUCAAGUGUAAAAGUUCCACGUGAAUACAUCGAGAAAAUGCCCGAGUUACGAGAAAAUCCUUUUCGGACAAGAAUAUGUGAAGCAUUUUCUCGCGAUGGAAAAGGAAAUCUCUCCUUUGAAGACUUUCUCGACUUCCUGUCGGUAUUUAGUGAGCAAGCUCCGAGGGACAUCAAAGUUUUCUAUGCUUUCAAAAUUUAUGAUUUCGACAAGGACGGUUUUAUUGGACACGGAGACAUAAAAUCGGCAUUGGUGGCAUUAACCAAAAACGAACUGACGCCCGAGGAGCGGCAACAAAUCGCCGACAAAGUGAUUGAGGAGGCUGACGUGGAUGGGGAUGGAAAAUUGUCUUCUAUUGAGUUUGAGCACGUUGUGUUCCGUGCCCCCGAUUUCUUGUCUACUUUCCAUAUAAGAAUUUAAUGCCACCGAGACUAACGAAUUACUGUUCUUUGUAUACUGAACUUUUCAUUUUGGCUAUAUGUAAGUGACUUACUAAGUUUAUAGAAUUUUUUUAUCAAUUAUGCCCUUUCAAAUGCCUAAAACCAUAGGUAUUUGGUGUAAUGCGGUGUUUUAUUUAGAUUUAACUCACAACCAUUUCAUGUCGUUCAUAUUCAAAUAUAUUAGGUACAGCCCUAACAGAUGUAAGGAUAUUCUGAUAAAUACAGAUUAAAUACAAAUUUAUUAGAGAAACACCGCAAUUUUUGUUUAGUUUUUAAAUUGUAGCUGAGCCUUAUGAAAAUCGAUUUAAUGUUUGCACUUCUUGCCUUGAAAACCUGGAGAGGCACCGCUUAUAUUGACAGUUAUAUUGGCAAAAAUGAUGAAGAAAUAAUACUUUUCAGCUGAAAACAUUUUAAUAAUUUGUUUGUAUGGAACUAAACACUCAAUAACUAUUAAUUACAUAAUUUAUUACCACUUCUUACACCCCCAACAUCGUCUCUGUAAGCAAAAUAAAUGUUAUCAAAAAUUCUGAAAUUUCUGAAGUAUUGUGAAAUAUUCUGACAAACUUAGAAAUAAAUUAUUUUUG